UGAGCGGAGCGGAGGCGCAGCUUACACACACAUUCCUCUUAUCUGAGAGCGUCAGUCUGUUAGAGUUUCAGUUGGAACUAUGGACCAUCAGUGAGCAUGAGCCCUGCUGUGAACACACUGACCGAAAGAAUUCAAACAAGGAUGGAGUACAAGAAUGAAAAUGCUGGAAUAGAACUGCUUCUUGCUCACAUGAAUAUUGAAGACUUCAUCCAAGAGGCAGAACAUUUCUACUGUGUUGACGAGGAGGUGGAAUCAGGAGUCUCAUUUGACGAAAUUUUCUUGCAAGAAGACAUGGACGAGAAUGAGGAAACGCCACACGAUCUAAUCACACAUGCGCAAAACCCCGGAAAGGUCCGUUAUGGGACAGCAUCUGACCUCCUGGACUUUGUCAAUAUGGUCUCAAACAUACCAUCCUCCUCUCUCCUCGAAGUGGGUCAAGAAAUGGGUGUCCUGCUAAACAAGACAGACAUGGUCAUUAAGGAGGGUCAUUAUCGCAUAGAUUUGGACGUUCUUCUGUUUCCGUGGAAACUGACCUACAAGCCCCUAGGUCCUGGACAUGUUCCCAAAGGCUCAUUUGGGAAGGUCCAUCUGGCUCAGGACACCAAAACUCGGAAGCGAAUGGCAUGCAAACUAAUUCCUAUGGAACAUUUCAAGCCUGCAGAUGUGGAAAUCCAAGCCCGGUUCCGACACGAGAACAUAGCAGAGCUGUAUGGGGCAUUGCUGUGGGAGCAGACGGUGCAUUUGUUCAUGGAAGCGGGCGAAGGGGGCUCGGUUCUGGAGAAGCUGGAAAGCUGUGGUCCAAUGAGGGAGUUCGAGAUCAUCUGGGUCUCUCAGCAGGUUCUGCGAGGCCUGGAGUACCUGCACUCGCACAACAUUAUACACCACGACAUCAAACCCAGUAAUAUUGUGUUGAUGUCCGCCAAAGCCGUGCUGGUGGAUUUUGGUCUUACAGUACAGAUGAAGGAUGAUGUGUAUGUUCCUCGGGACCUACGUGGCACCGAGAUGUACAUGAGUCCAGAACUGGUUCUGUGUCGAGGACACAGCACAAAGACGGACAUCUACAGCCUGGGAACCACAAUCAUACACAUGCUGAGUGGCAGUCCUCCAUGGGUUAGGAGAUAUCCCCGAACAGCCUACCCCUCAUACCUUUACAUUGUGAGUGUGCUUUGUCGAUUUGAUCAUGGUGAAUCCGAAUGCCUGCUCUUUUAAUUAUAUUAUGUUUGUAUUUAUUUUACUGCACCAAUACUAGGGAGAGUCCCUGAACGUAGCAAAACCUCACCAUAUGAAAAACCAAAUAUAUGCAUUAACCACAGAGCAUAACCCAGAAAUGCCAAGCAGGCUGAUGUCAUAACUUCAUGACAUUAAGCCUCUGUUAGCAUUUAGCAAAGCA